GUAUUCUGUCAAGUAUCAUUUUUUGAUUUUCUACAACAUGUUGAACUAGUGAGAGAAGUCGUCUAUUUUUAUAUUUAUUUAUAUAUUUAUAUUUAUUUGAGUAUCAAUGUUUUUAUUUCUUCACUUUAAGUUAUAAAGUGUUUAAAAUAUAACUUUUUAUUAUUUUUACGAGAUAAUGUCAUUCGAAAAAAGCAAUACAUAUGAAGCUCUUAAUAGAAUUGGAAGGGGAGCGUAUGGAACAGUUUAUAAAGCUAAAGAUAGGAAAACAGGUAAUGAUGUAGCUUUAAAACGAGUAUGUGUACCAUUAACUGAAGACGGGAUUCCAAUGAACACAUUGCGAGAAAUUGCUUUACUUCGUCAACUAAAUACAUUCGAUCAUCCAAAUAUUGUACGUCUCUUAGAUGUAUGUCAUGGACAACAAAUGGAAAAAGAACUCAUCAUGUACCUAGUGUUUGAACAUGUAGAACAAGAUCUAGCUACAUACAUAGAGAAAAAUUCAAAAGGUUUCUGCUCAAUAGAAAUUCGUAAUCUUGCAAAAGAGAUACUCCAAGGAGUCGACUUUUUACAUAGUAACAGAGUCGUACACAGAGAUUUGAAGCCUCAAAAUUUGUUAGUAACACAUGAUGGUCAUAUCAAAUUAGCAGAUUUUGGAUUGGCUAAAAGCUAUGAUUUUGAAAUGCAGUUAACUUCUGUGGUGGUCACAUUAUGGUACCGAGCACCGGAGGUUCUUCUAGGUCUCACAUAUGCAACACCGGUUGAUAUUUGGUCUAUUGGUUGUAUAAUUGUGGAAUUGUAUAGCCUCAAACCUCUAUUUUGCGGUUGUUCCGAAGGCGAUCAGCUCAGCAAAAUUUUCAGAAUAAUUGGUAAACCAUCAGAGAAAGAAUGGCCGGAAGAAAAUGUGUCCAUAAAAUGGAAUUCUUUUGACGUUAUUAAUACAAUCACCAUAGAAGAGAUAAUACCUAACAUUUGUGAAACGGCUUGUGAUUUGGUUAUGAGUAUGCUUACUUUUGAUCCGAAGAAAAGGGUGUCAGCACUUCAGGCAUUGAAUCAUCCGUUUUUCACUGAAGAACCUCUGAACACGUAAAUACAAUGAAAAUCGUUUAGGCAAAAGAAUUUUAUAGAAAACUGUAAGGAAUCUUUGUGAAAAUUUUGCUUAAACAUUUUUUUUAUAUAGUUUGAUUGCAGUUUAUUUUUUUCUCCCAGGGGCCGUUCAUAAAAUACUUCACGCUAAAAUUAGUUUUUUCUCACCCCCUCCCCCCAAUAUCACGCUUUCUGUGACCACCCCUAUAAAUAUCGUCACAAAAACUAACCCCCCUCCAUCUGAUAUUAUACAAAUUUUGAAAAUUUAAAUAUUCAUUUAGUUUUUAUAAUAAAAUAUGAUAAAUAUCUUUCACAACAAAUAAAUAAAUAAUAUUUUUAUUAAUCAGAAGUCCAAGAAUUCUGUAAAUGUGCCGAAAUAUCUAUAAUAGGUAUUGCAGCAUCUUCUUCUUCAUUUAUUUCAAAACUACCCUUCACUUCAUCGUCAUCAUUCAUUCUUCAUCAUUCUGCAUUUUCCGUGCCAUCUUUUUCAUUAAUACGCAUAAAUAGUUCUCGAGCUCAUCGAGCUGCGAUGCGAGUUGGUUGUAUGCGUCGAACUACUUCAUCUUUUCUUUUUCGUUUUGGAUGUAAAUUUUUUGAAUGCUGUAGUAGAGUUUUAUUAGAUGUGUGAUAUAGACUACAUUCUUUGCAUGUUCUGCUUGCUAAUUUAUCGUAAAUUGACGGACAAAACCAAUCGUAAGAAAUUUGUUGAAAAUCUUCAGCUUCAGGCUGAAGUUUCACUGCAAGACGGGCAAAUAAAUUAAGAUAUUUACCAUCUUCAGAAUUCACUUGCAAUACCUUUAAUCCGUUUUGAGUUUGUUGUAAUUUAAUUGGUGGAGGCAAAAAUCCGUUUGGAAGUAAACUUCUCAAACUACUUCUAGUUUGGCCACAGCAGUCUUUGUCUGAGCAUUUCAAAAUUUGUAAUAAGUAUUGUGAUUCAUGAACAUGUUUACAGUACCAAUCAUUAAUUAAUAUUUGUGCAUCAUCACUAUCAUCUUCUUUUGGUGCAAUAUACUCUGCAUCUACAUCAUAACCAUCAACUUUUAAUGACUUCCAAACACUAGCUAAAGUUGUCCCUGCAUAUUCAAAGUUUUUUUUCUCAAAAUCUUUAUCUACAGUUUUACCGUAAGAAUCUAAAUGCGACCCAUAAUGCUCAUAAGGCAAAAUCAAGCCAGCAAGCUCAUGACUUAAUGGAGCCAUUCUCCUUUUCACACGAUUGUAAGCACUCCUGCCUGGUGCAUUUGUAACAACAAAUAAAGCAUCUAAAUUAAAAUCACGAAAAUGCUGGAUAGCAUGGAAUAUUACUUUUUCAUAACGAGGAUUUUCGUCAGGACCCCCAUCAGCAGAAAUGAUCACUACAGGUUUUGGCGAUCCAAUGUUGUUUUAGGCCAAACUUUUAAAUGACUCCAGUUCAAAAAUUUGUUUGAAAUCAUCAGCAUGUGUCUUGGCUGUCGAACUAGAAUGUUUGCAACUUCGAAUAGCUAUAAAUGUUGGUCCUGAAUAAGUUACUUUUGAAGGAUUUCCAAAACCAUUCGGUUCAAUAACAAUACCCGUGUAUACAGAUGGUAUCAAUUUAUAUCCAGCAGCCACUACCCAGUCAUGGUCUCGAAGAGAAACCUUAUAUUGCAUAUACAUCAAUAAUGGUGCUUGUUUUGAAGCUGAUGUAAGUCCGAUCGGAACUCGGGCUUUAUCAUCCUGAGAAAAAAAAUACUUCAGUAGGUCCAAGAAAAGAAGCAAGACUCUCUAAAUAUCUACUUGAAGCUGUGUCAAUAUGUUUUUUCUUCAAGUCAUUUUGAGCACGAAUUAAUUUCACUGGAACCGUAGAGACAUGUCUCUUUCCUUCACGAGAAAUUGAAUUUCGUGGUAAAAGUCGUAAAUACGUAGCACUUCUACUCAGUUGAAAACCUAAAGUUUUUAAUUGCUCGUGUGACUGAUCUAAAUUUUUACAGCUUCUUACUGUCUCAGUUCUACGUCUUUCAGCAGAGCUACCAAAGAUGACAAUUUUCAUGAUCGUUUGCAAUAAAGCUGGUUGAUCCUCUUCUAAGCUCGGCCGACCUGGAUUGCUUCUUAUUUUUAAUUUUUCUGCUACAUCCGGAUGCUCAAGACAAACAUCCUCAAGCUUCCUUUUUUUAUUGUACGGGAUUUCGAUGAUCUUUGUUGAGCUAAUUGUUUACGCUUGAGAGAUUUUUUUUUCAGUUUCUAUUUUGUCUUUUAGUUUAUUUAUUUCUUUAUCAAGUCCAGCUGUAGACAAUCCAGAAUCUCUUUGCAAAAGUAAUGAAUUUAAACUUGAUUCCAUAACUGAAAUUUUUUUUGCUCUCAUCUUGGGCGGGUGUAGCUGUUUUUGAACUGCACAUUUGUUCUUGACAAGGCAAGCUAUUUUCAAUAGAGACUGUUUUUUGUGAUGGAAGAUCUUCUUUACUCGUUGACGCUUGAGGCCCAUCUUUGACUGUAUUUUGUGGCUAAAAAAACAAAAAAUUGAUUAUAAAUAUGGAUUAAUAAAAUUGAUUCAAUAAAAUAGAGGCUUAUACAGGCUAGUUUACACUAUAAAUCUACAUAUAUAGAAAUUAUUCAUGAUAAUGAAAUAAUAUAUACCGCGAAUAAUAUUGAUAUAACCCCGAUAACAGUAAAUAUAUAAACUAGGUACAAAAAAAAAAGUUUUUGACUUACCUUAAGUCUUGCGAAAAACGUUAAAUUUCUUGCUUUGUUUUGAAUUAUCUUUUGAUUUAAAGAUUCAAUAAUAUUUUGAAUAUUCACUUCAAAUUGCUUGCCAUCACUUUUGUAUUCUUGUUUGAGAUCAUUACAAAUCUUGUCAACAUUUUCUUGAAUGAUCAUUGAUUUUUUAUCCGGAUAACACUUUUUAUAAGUGUUAAAUAAUUUUUGAUAAAGUUCACCUCUUAUCGAUGUCAUUUUUUUUCUUAUCUAUAUAUAUAUAUAUAUAUAUAUAUAUAUAUAUAUAUAUAAAUAUAUAAAUAUAUAAAUUUUGGUGAAGUAAUUCACGUGAUAAAAAGUAUUAAAUUGAGAAAUAUAAAAAAAGCGUCCGAAUUAGUUCACCACUAUAUGACGAAUGAAGAAAUUAUAUAAUAAUAAAACCAUGAGAAACAAUAUUUUCAUUUGUUACUACGGAAGAAUCCAAUUGUGACCGAUCGCAAUGCCGCUAGAGCCAAGUCAAAAGGCUAAACCACAGAGCCAGCGCUCAUGUCGAAAAAUAAACAAAAAUAAAUAUAUUAAGUUACAAUUUAUAGUAAUAAAACUGGAUAUGUUUGAAAGUCGACAUAUUUACUAUAAAAUAGAAAAUAAAUGACUUUUUGUCAUGAUGAAAAUUUAAAAAUAAAAACAGUAAAAAAAUACUUAUUGAAAAUAUUUUAAUGAACAACGAACGUCACAUUGUCAUACACCCCCCGUCCCCCUUGUCACACUCAGGAAGAGCCCUCCCCCCCUUAAGUGCGAAUGUAUUUUAUAAAUGGCCCCUCAGUUGUAUGUGUAUCAUCUAUUUUUUAAGUAAAAAAGAAGUAUUUUUGUAA